GUGUAGACGUCAACAAGUGUACUUCGCUUCUGACACUUCUAAGGAUUAAGCCCCAAAGGAAGCCUCGGAAGCCUCAGAGAUGCAUUCAACAGGGAAAUCCAGCAUAGAGGAUCAGUUAGCACAGUAUAGACUCAGGAAGAAGAAGGAAGAGGGCUACAAAAGCGUAAAAAAGCGGUUCUGGGAGUUGUUAUGUUCCGCGAUGUCUGUUAUGAGGAGUAAUAGCACAGCCUCCGAGUCCGAGAGCAGUUCGAGUGUUGAUGACCAGCAACCCAGAGAGCAUUCCGAUGUGAAGGAACUUCGCAAGAGAUUAACUGUCACAAGAGAGUCCUCCUCAGGCACCAGUGCAGACCACAGCGAUGCAGACAGUGCAGGAAACUCCUCACUCCCGUCCUUUAGCUCCUACACAAAGCUAGACUGGAUGGCUUUGGGGCUGAAAUGUGCCAUGUGGUUGAUUCUCUUCAAGAUCUUCAUAUUACUUGAAUUUGGAGCUGUAUUUUUUAUCUUCAGUGCCUUUGCUUUUAUAUGGUACAACAUGAGGUCCGAGCCCAAGAAGAAGGGGGAAAUAAGUGCCUACUCUGUCUUUAACCCCAACUGUGAGACGAUAGAUGGAACUCUGUCUGCAGAACAGUUUGAACGGGAAAUUUUACAUAAGAUGUAGACAGAGGCACAGGGAAUAGCAAGAUCCGUUCAGGAAAUUAACUACGAAAUAUUUUGUUGGAAGUGAAAUAUAUUUAUCCAUCUUCACAAUUA